UGUAUGCCUGUGUAUAUAAGGAGAUGCAUAAGCGCUCACGAUCACAUUUCCUAAAAUUUCACCUUUGUUCUACCAUCCCAAGGUGGUUAUAUCCAGGAAAAAAAGGAGACGGUGACAACAUCAUCAUGGCUGACAUUCCUAAGCACGGUGACAUUACAUUUGAAGACUUCAUGGGCGUCUCGACUGCCUAUUUCGAGUGGGCCGAUGCGUAUGAUACGAAAGAUUGGGAGCGUCUGCGACGUAUUGUUGCACCAACACUGAGAAUUGAUUACCGCUCCUUCCUUAAUAAGAUCUGGGAGGCUAUGCCUGCCGAUGAGUACGUCAAGAUGGCAUCUGACAAAACUGUGCUCGGCAACCCAUUGCUCAAGACGCAACACUUCUGCGGCGGCUCGCGAUAUGAGAAGGUGUCUGACUCAGAGAUCAUUGGCUGGCAUCAGCUGUGGGUUCCCCACCAGAAGUACAAGAGCGAAGACAGCAAAGAAAUCGAAGUUCGCGGGUACGCCCACAGCACCAAUCAACAUUGGUACAAGAAGAUCGACGGCGUAUGGAAGUUUGCGGGCCUCAACCCGGACAUUAGGUGGGACGAAUUUGACUUCGACAAGGUUUUCCAAGAGGGCCGCGAAGCGAAGGAAAUCGGUGCUUGAACGAAUAGCCAACGUAGAUUGUGGUAAUACUGUGUUAGUACGCAAGUUCAAGAAUGCGUUGGAUCAAAUAACGGCACGGGUUAGUUGUGACUGUGCAUCAGGGGAAAAAGCAAUCACGAAAAGAUCAAUGAAUCAUUUUUAUUCGUUCUGUUGUGGUUGACUUGUCCGUGGCUUCACUCGUUGUUUGUCUCUCUUUUAGCAUGCUUUUUGAGGUAUCUUGUGGGUCACGGUGAGAAUUUCAUGGAUGAGUUAAAGCGCAAGACAAGGGAGAUAAGCAUGUCAUGGAGAUACGAUUUGCCCUACAACCAUAAGCCUACGCACGAAACAGCGUAAAAAUGAGCACGACUAGAGGCCUCUCGCCAGGCACUGCAUGACACAGAUACCG